AUGGCCCUAAGGGGCAUAUGGCCCGAAGGGGCAUCUGGUCCGCAAGGACAUCUGGUCCGCAAGGACAUCUGGUCCGCAAGGACAUCUGGCCCGUUAGGGCAUCUGGCCCGUUGGGGCAUCUGGCCCGUUGGGGCAUCUGACCCGUCGGGGCAUCUGGUCUGUAAGGACAUCUGGUCCGUAAGGACGUCUAGUCUAUUGGGACAUCUGGCUGAUAACGAACGUCUGGCUCUAGUUGAGCAUCUGGCCGUUAAAUGGCGUUUGUCGAACUUAACCACCUCGCCUCACUCUGUUUCGAGGAAAGACUGCUCCGCGAGUGUGCCUCAAUCUCAGCCCCGAGAGAACGAGUUUCUCUGCUUUUCAGAUGCAGCUUGGAAUAGUGCUACUAGUGCAGGAGGAUUGGGCUGGACAUGCUCGAACUCUGCCGGUGCUACUCUCCUGCAAGGAUCUUCACCGUGCCCCAUAGUGGCAUCAGCGCUAGUUGCAGAAGCGUUGGCACUUAAGGCGGUAAUCAAAGCCGCUAUCUCCCUUAACAUCAAAGACCUGGUCUGUCACUCAGACUCAAAAGGCUUGAUCAAUCUGAUCACAGGAAACACGUCUGUGAUUGCACUACAAGGAAUUCUCCAUGACAUCAGUGUGUUGAGUAAUUCCAUGUCGUCUAUCUCUUUUAAAUUUGUACCUCGGCGUUGUAACACGAUCGCUGAUCGUCUGGCUAAAGAGGUUCUGUUUUCUGAAUCAAACUCUUCUUUGGAAAGAGAGAACCUUGUAGCUUAA